GCAUCCCCUUCACUCCGCCGCUCGCAUUUCCUCACCCACCCAUCGCCUCCUCUCCGCCGCCGCCGCCUCGUCGCCGUUGACGCCGCCGCCCGCCACCGCACCGCCGCCUCUCUCCCCCCCUCUCCCCUCCGCGCGCUCCCUGCCACUGCGCCCCCCUCUCUCCCGCGCCGCGCGCCACGGGCUGCAAGAGGGAGAGGGCGAGGCGAGGUGGCCCCUCCUCCGGCCGCCGCCGCGCUCUCUCUCUCACUCGCCGUGCUGUUGGGCGAGUUACUUGCUCCCUGGGAGGUGGCUCUCCCCCCUCCAGGAUCCUCUCCGGCGGCUGCCGGCACGCUUCUCUCUCGUGUGCUAGAUUUCCGUGAGCUGGUGGUUCGGAAGCCCUAACGUUAGCUUGGUUGGAAUUCUCCGGGCAAGCUCUGUUCUUCACGUAAUGGAAGAAACUAGCAUUGCUAUUGAGAUUGAUGGGGAGGCGAUCUGUCUGGACAGUGUAGGAGAUAAUGAGGAGCAAGGAACUCAGGAGAACCAAGAGAUACAAAUAAUUUAUGAUGCUGAAAAUGAGGGACAAGUUGCUUUCGACAAUGGAGAACAGGGAAAGGAGGAACAUCCCAUGAGGAAUGAAGAGGAGAACCAGGAAAAUAUUCCUGUAAUUCCAAGCCGUGAGGAGUUGACUGAAGAAUUGCGGAACAAAAUUGCCAAUAGUGAAGAAGAAGCUUACAGGCUGUACUGUGACUAUGGACAUCGUAUGGGCUUUAGUGUGAGGAAGGGGAAACAGUACUACUUUACAGGGACCAAAACUAUUCGUACAAAAGACUAUUACUGCUCAAAGGAAGGUCUAAAGGACGAUGAGCAGCUUACUGAGGCAAACUUUAAUAAGCCAGACACCAGAACUAACUGUAAAGCAAUGGUCCGUUAUAGAGUUGAUUCGGAAGGCCAUUGGCGAGUUAUUCAGAUUGUUCCUGAACAUAACCAUGAGUUGGUUCGACCUGAAGAGGUACACUUGCUGAGAUCAGUGAGGACUCUUUCAAUUCCUAAGCCCGGUGUGCUGAAUGCAAUGGUAAAUGCUGAAAUACAAGCAAUGCAUGAAAAUUUGCACAUGAAUGAUGAUGGUGCUGAAUGUCAGAGUCAGCUUGGCAUCCAAAGUUACACUCUGCUUGAACCAGAGGACUCUGAGGCACUUGUAGGUUAUUUCAAGCGUAGAACAAUUGAACAAGGUAUGUUCUACUGGGAUGUGCUGGUAGAGGAUGGCCGAAUGACAAAUUUUUUUUGGAGGGAUGGAAGAAGCCGUGUUGAUUACGACUGUUUUGGAGAUGUCGUGGUGUUUGACACAGCAUAUCGUACCAGCAAAUAUAAUAUGAUUUGUGCCCCAUUUGUUGGUGUUAAUCACCAUGGCCAAGAUGUUAUGCUUGGUUGUGCACUUCUGUUAGAUGAGUCCCUGACAUCCUAUGAAUGGUUGUUCAAGUCAUUCUUAGAUUCAAUGGGUGGCCAUCCUCCUAAAACAAUUUUCACUGUUAUGGCUGAAACUAUAUCCAAGGCAAUUGAAGGCGUUCUCCCUGAGACACGUCACUGCAUCUGUCAAUGGAGUAUUGAAAAGAACCUACAGUCCCAUUUAGGCACUCUAAAUGUUUCUGGAACAUUUCAUAGCAUGUUGACAAAAUGCAUGAGAGAAUGUGAGUCAGAAGCAGAGUUUGAGGAAACAUGGGCAAUGAUGCUUAACGAAUGCAAUAUGCAGGAUGACCAAUGGCUCUCUGAUCUGUAUCAGCAGAGGCGUAAAUGGUCCACAGUUCAUCACAGGGAUGCAUUUGAUGGUGGAAUCAAUUCACUCGAUAGGAGUGAUAGUUCAAACAAUGUCCUGAGCAGCAUUGCUAAUGAAUCAACUUCACCCACUCAAUUUAUUCUUGACUUUGAUAAAUUGGUAGGGAGUUGGCGUACAAAUGAAUCCGCCGAGGACAUUCAGUGCACCCAGACAUCCCCAGAAUCUAGAGUUAAGCAUAGGAGUAUUUUGGAGCAUGCUGCUGAAGUUUAUACGCGCAAAGUCUAUAAAUCUCUUGAAACAGAAUAUCUAGAUGGAUGCAGUGCAACUUCAUACCAGGAAAUGCAGUGUAGUGAAACAUUGUACCGGUUUGAGUUCAUUUUGCAAAGAAGUGGCCCAAAAGUUCAGGUAGUUUUUCUUGACACCUCUACCAUGGAAUUGAGCUGUACUUGUAAAAAAUUUGAGACAACAGGCAUACUUUGUUCGCAUGCAAUAAAUGCACUUGAUCUCAAGAAUUUUGAUAGAAUUCCUGAAAGGUAUGUUUUAAAACGGUGGAAAAAGUAUGUUAGGAAAGGAACAUAUCUAUUUCCAUCUGAUGAGUUUGUGGGACAAGAUUGCACAGAACCUGGGCUUGCAUUUCGUAACAAAGCAAUGCGAUUUGUGUAUGAUCUGUUGAUGAAGAGCAAAGGUCAUCAGGAUACGAGGAAACUUAUUCUGGAUGUGUUUGAAAAUGGAGAAAAAUUAGUAGAAAGCCUAUGUGAACUCAAGAGAUUGAAUGCCCAUGCCUCUGGAAGAGAGAAAGAUGGAAGUAAGGUUGAAAAGCGGAAGAAAAAAUCAGCCAAGCAAGAAAAAAGCUCAAGAAAUGUUAAACAAGCAGUUUCAUCUCAGACAGCUGACACAGUUUUAGUUGAUCCACCAAAUCAAAAUCAAUAUUUUGCAACAGAAGAUAUGGCAACAAACUCAUCUAUCGGUAGACCUUUCUUCUACCAGGGGUUUCCUUCUGCUGGUGUUUCAACAAGUCAGAUUCAGGGGCAUACGAAUAUUCAUUCUGUGCCUCAGUGUGCACCACAGGAAUAUUCAGCCUAUGGCGCAGCUCAUCCUCCUCCAACAUUUGGUGGUGGAAGAAAUUUCUGAAGAAUGUAGAGCAUUGAUGUGUGAAUAGCUGAAGUUCAUAUUCUUUGACAUAUUGUUGUAUGUGCAUGGUCUAAUCGAACGAUUUUGCUAGGCAGUAGUCACCUUACCUAGCAGCAAUAGAAGUAGGCCUCUCCUUAUUGUAUAAAUUAUUGAAUUUGCUAAUUGUUGUACUAGUUGUAAAUUUGCUAUUCACUAGUUGCAUGAAGUAAAAAAAUAUUGUGCUGUAGGGAAUAGAUGAAUUAAUACUUUUUGUGCAUGUCAGGUUACUAAUACUAGGCUACUAGCUCUUA